GCUGACGAGAAAAGUCCUGCGUAAAACGUGCCAAGACGGUUCCAGACAUGGAGAAAUCAGCCAGGUUCGCUGUGGUGUGCGUUGGAGUGUCUCUGCUCAUCUCCUGCUAUUCAGUCGAAGCCUGGUACAAGCAGACCACGGGUCCCAGUUACUACUCGGUUGGUCGCGCCUCGGGUUUGCUGUCCGGUAUCAGGAGGUCACCGUACGUCCGGAGAUCCGACUCCGAGGAGACGCUGAUGGAGAGCGGAGAGACAGUCGGUAACAACGUAAUCCCGGAGAGUUCCAGGCAGAUCUCCCUCCUCAAAAGCAUGGCCAUCUGCGUGAAGGACAUCUCUCCAAACCUGAAGAGCUGCGAGCUGAUGCGGGACGGGACGGGCACCUUCCAGUGCAAGGCGGACGUCUUCCUCACUCUAGACUCCCUGGACUGCCUGUCCGCGUGAGUCCCGGCUGGACUCGUCCUCCGCAGAAUCCCGGGAGCACUGCUGAGGAAACCGGAAAAAAGGAAAGAAGUAACGAGGAUGCAUGAGUGUGAGGGUUUGAUGGCGACUCCCGGGAAAGACCCACAAAUUGUCAAAGACGGACCGCUGCAGACUCUGAAUGUUCUCUUAUUUAAACCCCCCAACAUUGUUCAGUUUUGCUUUUGUUGUGUAGACAUGAGUGUAAAAGAAAAAAAACAUGAAAAACAUCGGUGUGAGAGAUGUUCGCUCAAGCCGUUUUCUUCCCAAAUUAUUUCUCAUCUUUAGUGUUUGAACCCUGACAUUUGCCUGUGUUGCCAAACUGUAUUAAAUUUAAGAGAAGUCGACUGCAGAGAAGAUUUACUGUAAAGUACUUUUAUUUAUUUUAUCUAUUAAAAUGAACAAA